CUUCCCCCGAGUACGUAAUUCCUACAACAGCAGAUUCUUAUGAUCAUCAUGUACUACCUCUGUUUUGGUGCAACAAUAAAGAAUUUGAUGCCGAUGGUGGGUGUGACCUAUGCAGAGGCUCAAAUUUUGGUACAGACUAUUACUUCUGUAACUACUGUGAUGAUAAAUUCCAUAAAGAAUGUAUCGAGUCUCCACUAAAAAUUAAUCAUCCUUACCACCCUCAACAUCCUCUCCAACUUUUACUUCGUUGUUAUGGGGAUUCCGGAGAUAUUGAGUGUUUAUGUUGUAGAAUAUUAGCAAAUGGGUUAAUGUAUCAUUGUACGAUAUGUCAGAUUUUUAUGCAUCCAACAUGUGCGAUGAAACCAAUACCCUUUGUUGUAGACCCACCAAAAAACCAUGUUCAUCCUCUCAUGUUUUUCCCCAGACAAACUUGCUUAACUUGUAACCUUUGUGGUUGGCUGAGACAAGUUUGUCCCACCUACAUUUGUGUCAGAUGCAACUUUGUAUCUCAUGCUGAUUGUAUGAAUCUCCCACACAUCAUCAAGAUAUCACGUCACCACCACCGUAUCUCCUUCACUUUUUCUUUUCCAUCAAGAUUAGAACGGUUUUGUGGAGUUUGUCGUCAAAGUAUUAACGGUGAUUAUGGUGCGUAUACUUGUGACACGUGUAGCGAUUAUGUUGUUCAUCCAUUAUGUGCUACAUGGAAGAAUAUGUGGGAUGGAAAAGAACUCGAAGGUGUACCAGAAGAAGAUGAUAUAACACAAGAUAUUGGGCCAUUCGAAAUGAUAUCUGAAGGAGUGAUACUUUAUUUUCUUCAUGGCCAUCAUCUACGGCUCGAGGUCAAUAUACUUUAUGACGAGAAUAAAUUUUGUCAAGCGUGUGUCCUUCCUAUCUAUGAAGGUAACUUGUAUUCAUGUAUGGAGUGUGAGUUCAUCCUCCAUGAAACAUGUGCUAAGGCUCCCCGUAGAAUUCAACAUGCCUUACAUCUUCAUCCCCUUAAAAUGAAGCAGUUUCACAAUAGAGAUUAUUCUUGUUGUGAUGCUUGUGGUCGUAUAUAUAAUGGCUAUAGCUAUGGGUGCAAUUACAAAGAUGAAGACUGCUUUAAUCUAGAUGUAAGGUGUGCUUCAAUUUCUGAGCCGUUUGAUUACAAAGGUCAUGAACAUCCCUUGUUUAUAUCUUUAAACCAAGGAGUAGAACCUAUGUGUGACGUAUGCAAAAGAAGAUGUCUUAAACAAUUAAAUUGCAUGAAAUGCAAUUUUGUUGUAUGUUUCAGGUGCGUUACCUUACCAUACAAAGCAAGAUAUCAGCACUACGACACACACUUUCUCACGUUGUUAUGGGGUGAAGAAGUAAGCGAGAAAGAUUGGUGUGAGGUAUGUGAACGUAAUUUACAAGAUACGGGAGCAGAAGCAUUGUGUUACGGGUGCAACGAAUGCUACACAGCUUUUCAUAUUGAAUGCGUAAUUGGUGCAGGCCCAUACAUAAAGCCCUAUAGUUACUUAGGAGGGGGAUCGCAGAAUGAUGUUCAGACUCUUCCCAAAAGUAAUAUUUCUCGACCAUUAUGCGUUUUUUGUAAGAAUCGUUGUCAAGGGAAAAUAUUUAAGAUAGACACCAUCAUAGCAUGUUCUAUAGAAUGUAUUUAUAGAUUGUCGUACACUAUAAAAUUUUAA